UCUAAGGUUUUGGGGUCUAUGGGAUGUUUAUAAAAUGUUUAAUUCCCAGAGAAGCCACACCGCAGCUGGAGCUGAUAUGAAUGUGGAUUUGCAAACGCCGAAUCGCGAUUGUCCAGACCAACUAAAAGUAAACAAAUAAUAAUCGCCCAGCACCAACGGCAGAAACCGGUCUGUCAGUGAGAUAGACACACAGGUUGAGUCAGAGGCUUCGGAUUCUUAAAGAAAACGGAGAAAAUCGAGGAUUAAAAAUGCCAGGAUUGUACUUUGGUAUCAUCCUCCUAGUUAGUUUUGGAUGCAUUAAUUGCUAUAAGAUCCCCUCACCCACAGUGGAGCUUCUAGAGACUGGAUUUAGUGUUUCAAUUCCAGAUGAAGAAGGCGUUAAGGUGGUGGCUUUUAAUGUGAAUCGCAAUCGGAAUUUCACAUCACUUACUAGAGAGGGACAGUAUAAUGUGAGAUUAGUAGAACCCCAGGACGGCAGGUGGACGAGCACUUUCAGUUCGACACCUUUAAGGGCGCAGGAUAGCAUAUAUCUUUGGACUACUGUGCAGCACCAGAAGGCUAUCUACCAGGAUCUUUCCCUGCCCAUGUCAGUGUGCAACCUAGGUGGAAAUUAUCGACCCAAAGGUUGUUCCCCAAACGACGAUGAUUUUUCGGAUGAUAAUCAACUUAGUACUGAAGGAAGUACUCCAGAAUCUUCAGUCCCCUCCGUCUGUGAGCCUUCUGACACACAAAUUUCGCCACAAUUCACUACUCCUAUCUGCAAAGGACAGCUCUUGUUUGAGGAGACCUUCGAUCAGCUUAAUGAAUCUCUGUGGAUCCAUGAUGUUCGCCUCCCUUUGGACUCAAAGGAUGCGGAGUUUGUCUUGUAUGAUGGAAAAGCAAAAGUUAUAGAUGGCAACCUGGUGAUUGAGCCCCUUCUUUGGUCCAGCUAUCGCCCAGACUUGCCCAUAAGCAAUUCCAGACUCGAUCUCUCGGAGCGUUGUACAGGAACCCACAAUCGACUCAAGGAAUGUGUGCUGCAUUCGAUGGGAAGUGGACCCAGUGGUAUCAUGCCACCCAUUGUAACUCCUCGUAUUUGCACCAAGGAAACCUUUGCCUUUCAAUACGGGCGCAUUGAGAUCCGGGCCAAGUUACCAAAAGGGGAUUGGAUAAUACCCCUACUGCUACUCGAACCCUUGACGGAAUGGUACGGGCAAUCGGGAUACGAAUCCGGGCAGCUUCGAGUUGCCCUGGCUAGGGGUAAUUCCGUGCUUAGGAUGCCACGUGGAAAACUUGUCGAUGGCAGAUCCCUAUACGGUGGACCUGUGCUCUCCACAGAUGCCCAUCAAAGGGAGGACUUAUGGCUAAGUAAAAGAAAGAUCUCUCAUUUUGGCGAUGACUUUCACACAUACGGCUUGGAGUGGGGCAGCAACCGACUGUUGUUUUCGGUGGAUGGACAAGUUUAUGGAGAGAUGUUGAAUGGUUUCGCCGAACUAGACGAGAAUCCCAGGUGGAAGCAAGGUGGUCCCAUGGCCCCAUUCGACAGGAUGUUCUACAUAUCAUUGGGUCUCUCAGUGGGUGGUUUUGGAGACUUUGUGGACAAUCUGCGCACCGCCACUUAUGAAAAGCCUUGGACCAACUACCAUCCCCAAGCCAAGCUACAGUUCCAUCAGUCCCAGGAGCAGUGGCUACCCACAUGGAAGCAGCCAUCGUUAAAGAUCGAUUACAUACGUGUCUUCGCCAACUGAUAAUACAUAGGUCUAUAAAUGUUGAUAUAAUCGCAUACGAGUGUAUUUAUAUGUGUCAGGCUGAAUCUUAUCGCUAAUAAAGCUCUGGGAGGAACCCAGAAAACUCGA